CUUUUACUGCACAUGUGCGGUACGGGUUUCACCGUCUACCUUUUGUAAACUGUUAUAAUAGAAAUCGAUCUUUGUUUCUAUUCUGGUGAAUCGGGUUGAAUUCUUCAAUACAGCACGUUCUCAUGGUCUUUGGAAGGUAAUGGAAGCAAAGAUAUAUUUAUGUGCGGCGUUGAUCACCGCAGCUUCGGCUUCUUACGUCCAUAAUGCUGUGGAAACAGAAAUGUUUGCUAUUCCAAUCAGUCCCAAUUUAUUUAACUGGACGUAUCAAGAAUUUGACCAGCAAUAUCGCUUUCACGCAUCUUUGCAAGGCAAACCGGAGUUGCCAUCUUGGCUUCGUUACAUUUAUAGUGGGAGACAUCACUCCGGGUUCAUAUUUGGGACUCCACCUAGAGGCACUAAGGAAGCAAUUACUAUUGAAGUGGUGGGGUUGAACCGGCAGGACUAUGAAACUCGGCGCAUGCUACUCACCCUCAAAAUCCAACCCAAAGAAAAGAUGGCGCGCUAUGAAGUGGAGCUGAAGGUGGACAACCUCAACGUCGAGGACUUGUUGGAUGAGCACAGGAUGUCACGUUUGAAAGACAUUCUGAGAACGAAGUUAUGGCCAGAGAGUAGUCAGGACCUGUACACUACCUUUUUAGCCUCGGCUAUAGACCUCGGAGCGAGGCUGCCUUUAAAACCUGAGGAUGGCGAAGGAUUAGUGGUCCGCCUGGGCAGUUCCGUGCCGUUUUCAGCGGAGAUCAAGAGGCUGCGGGAGGAAGUUCGUCCACUGUCCAGAUUGCCCAGCUGCCCCAGGGACUAUAAACGUACCACGGUCGAGAGACUCUUUAGGGAUGCAGAGUUAUCUUUAGAUUGGUGUAGGUUUGAAUUGUACAACACAAUAUACAAAGAAAGAACAACUGAACACCUCGAAUACCUAACAGAGAUCCCAAACACCAGUAAGACCGCCAAAUCUUACUCUGCCCUGGAUACUCGUGAUGUAUGGUCGGCGCCGAGUAAACAUGCCUUGCCGUCACGAAGCUACACUAAGCAGUUGACAGCGGCAGUGGCUGUCCCACUUCUGUUAAUGUUACUGUCUGUUGCUGCCUUGACUGCUGUCCUGUGCUUCCAUUAUGCUGCCAUGCGGGAUCCAGUAUCAGAUUAUUUUUUGAAAAACAUAUUUCAUAUUUGUAUAGAAUACCGCCGAAGGAAAAGAGGCCACAAGUCUAGCAAAGUAGAGUUAUGCCGCUACGGAACUGGCAACACUGACCAAACGCAAAUCGCUGAUAACACCAGCAAUAAGAGUUUAGGCGUAAGUCCCAACAACAGCUUAGUACGGCCCUACAGCCCUAAGUCUACAACUAACUUAGCUGGCAACUACAACAGGCCCCAACCGCCUCCAUACAUGGGAUCAACCAAUAACUCCCUUCACCACCGCAAGUCUGGCAACACCGAUACUCCUUCGACGAGCGGACACACCCCGGAACACCGCGGCCAUCUUGCGUUAGAAGAAUCUUUAAAAUUGCUUAACGAAGCCAAAAUAAACUCUGAAUUUGAUAAUCUCAACAUUCUCAAAGACCCAAUUGUCGAUCUGAACGACGGAACUGAUGAUUAUGUGCCUAUAAAAUCUGAUAUGGCAGGUUAUGCCUCGAUGAAACCUGAAUUGGAUGAUAUCGAUGUUCCAGAUUUAACGAAGUUCGGUAUUGGUCCCAUUUGACAUGAGGCCUCUAAGGACGGCAAGCCUCCUGUCAAAACGUGGUUUUGCUAAAUUUUAUUAUUCUAAUUAUUUGUAUUUUACUAACGUCUUUGUCAAAAUUUUACAAUACCUGAACGAAACCUAUUUUUUAAAUUACCUACGUUAUUUUUUUACAUCAGACUAGUUACGAAAAUUAAUGUGUUUAUUGAUAUAUUCUUCUAUUUUCCAAGCAAGAUAACAAUGAAAAUAUUUUUUUUAAUUUAAACUUUUACGCUAUUUAAAUUUGAAACUUAAUAAAUCAAAGGUUUUACGCACGUGCAUAAAAAACAAAAUACUGUAAACGUAGCUUACUUAGUUGAACAGUGCAUUUAAAUUACGACAGUUUAACUACUAACAUAAUAUGAUUACUUACUACUUUUUCUUCCUUUUUUAUAUAAUUUAUAUAUUUAGAAAAUAUUGCCAAUUAUUAGAGUUAUGGUUAUAAAUUUUGUAACAUUAAAGUAGGUGAAUAUUAAGGCAAAAUAUCAAUAGAAUAAUAAUAUACAUAUAAUAGGCGUAUUGUUGUCAUAUUAGUCAAUUAUACAAUGUGUUUUCAUAUACUGUCUAGUCAAAUAUCUAGUCAUUAAUAUUUACUAAAAAUAAAAUAAAUAAAUUA